UACUCUUUUGUAACAAAAAAAAAAAGGACGUACUCUUUAUCUUAACAGUUUAACUAAGCAAAGUUGAAAACAAAAAUUGAACCUAGCCUCGCCGUCAUUAGUGUCCCUCACCGCCGUUGCUCCUCUGCCUACAGCUUCCCUCAUCUCUGCCGCGCGCCGUCUCAUCACCGUUCAUCUGAGACAGAGAGAGCAAUGGGUUCAUACCCUCCACCGGAUAUUUUCAUCCCAGAGGAAUGGUCACAAGCUGCAAAUUCCAUUGUAUCCAGUUCAACGCCUCCGGUCGUACUCGUUUGUGGACCCGGAAGCGUUGGCAAAUCAACCUUCGCCCGCUAUCUCCUUAAUCUCCUAUUAACAACUAGAUGUAAGAAAGUAGCUUAUCUUGAUACCGACGUUGGCCAAACUGAGUUUACUCCUCUUGGUUUAAUCUCUCUAACUGUUGUUUACGACAUUACACCAGAUUUGAAGACCAAGUACUUGAAACCAUCAAAAAGGUCUCUUUUCUUUGGUGAUAUUUCUCCUAAGAUAGAUCCAUCAGUGUUCUUAGAGUAUGUAUGUUCCAUUUAUGAUCAUUAUCAAAAGAAGUAUCGCACCUUUGAUAAGCGAAAAAAUGCUUCUAAAAUUCAGACGCCUCUUAUAGUGAAUACUUCUGGCUGGGUUAAAGGUGUUGGUUAUGAAGUAUUAGUGGACAUGCUAAAAUAUAUUGGUCCCACUCAUGUUGUUAAGAUAGACUUAUCCACUGAAUUUUAUAAAUAUAAGAAUUUACCUGCUGGAAAAUUCUGGUUAGAUGGGGAAGAUGAUGGAACAAUUAAACUGAUCGAAAUAGAUUCGGCUCUUAAGGACCGGGAGAUUGUUCAAAAGGAAGCUCGUCUCCUGCGCGAGGAACGAAUAGUGGCUUAUUUCGAGCAGUGCUUUCCUAGUGAUUCAGGUAUUUCAACGCACAAGGAAACUGCACAUUCCUUGACAUCUCACUGUCCUUAUCAAGUUCCCAUUGCAAGCAUAAAAAUUCGACAUGUUCAUCGUGAGGUCCCAAGCUCUGAAAUAUUCUACGGCCUAAAUGCUAGUAUUGUUGGCUUAGCGGUUGAAUCUGAAGUACCUGGAGAUUUACCCUGGUGCCUUGGUCUUGGAAUUGUGAGGGGCAUUGACACAGUCAAAGGCAUGCUCUAUGUGAUUACACCUGUGCCAUUUGUUUCUCUGAAAAAAGUCAACCUCUUGCUACAGGGUGAUAUCCAAUUUCCUACUGAUUUAUUGCAGGUCCAAGGACGCUUAUCACCUUACAUAUCAGAGAAUGUAUUGAAUAUAACCUAGUUAUUAUCAUGAGUUAUCAAAUCUUCCCUAGUUUUCUUUUUCAUGGAAGCAGUAGCACAUGGAUUAUAAUUUAUAUAUGCCUAAUACAAUCUUUAUUUUCGUUUUUAUGAUUAUGCAAAUUUGCCUCUCUAAAUUGUUGCGGGGUUGUUACAAGUUGGGUUUUGUGAUUAGUAGCAGUUAUGUAUAUUCUACUUACUGCAAAUGGUUCAAAUACAACGUACAAGCUAUCAUCAAUCUAAUUCCUAAUUUAA